AUGCAGCCACAUGUCCCUCGGCCACCUGAGGCCGGGCUGCCUCAUGUGGGCAAUUCGAUUAUGAACCCGAGCGUCCGGAGGAGGCUGGACGACUGGGGCUUACGCAAAUACGGCACAUCAUAUCGAAGGGAAGCCUGGCAACACGUCGUUCUCGUCCGCCGGCCGCAGCCUCCCCUGCUGAGUGGAUACGGCCAAAGGCUCGACCUGUGUCUGCCCGUCUAUACUUUCUGCUCCGAGGCCGGGGGAACAGGACAGUGGGGAUUGACAGGAGAGCCAUAA